CAGGCCAGAGAAAAACCUGUCAAGAUGGAAAGAUUGACCACAGUCUUAUUUGUCGCUCUGGUUUUAUUUAUCUGCAGGACAUCAGGACUGUCAUGUGAAAUUGGAUGUGGGGAAACAUUUCCCGAAUGCUCAUGUUCCUCAACAUGCACGUCUCUGGGAACCUGCUGUACCGACUAUAAAGAGUACUGUGUGGAUAUCCUUCCAUACUCUGGGUCCAUUCUGGGUGGGACUGAUUUUAUGCUACUGGAAGCAAGUUUCAAUAAGACUUCCCACAUUGUGUGCAGGUUCAACAAUAAUACAGACACUGUGGGAUAUGUGGAAGAAAGUGGUAGAGGCCAUUGUAUCUCCCCAUUGUUAUUCGAGACUGGAUGGGUUCCUUUUCAAGUCUCCUCUGAUAACGGCACCACAUUCAGCAGAGAAGGAUCCUGGCUCUCAGUUCAUAUUGGGAAGUUAGAUGCUAAGUUUAAGGCGAUUCUGGUCAACUCUACAAAAUGGCAGUACUAUGGUACUCCUGAUGUUGGAGGCAUUCUGGAGAUGACGUGGAAUACCUCGUUGGUCAGAGCCAAGAGGGUGAACAUAGAGCUGUGGGGGUACAGAGAGACAGGAAAAGCUUAUACAGACACCUGGCAGGGUGAGUGGGCAUAUCUGUACUCACUUGCUAGGAAUCACACCAACAACGGCUCCUUUAGCUUUCUGCCCAAACCAGCAGAAAAUGGCUUUUCAAGUUGGGAGCUAGGUUCUGUACGUGUCAGCCCCAGCUGCUACAAGGAUGGCAUGUGGAAUGUACAGGCUGCAUGGACCGAGGAUCACGCUCUGGCCUGGCAUCUGGAGGAGAAGUUCAGGCAGAACUCGACAGCUUGGGCUUCAGACAAAUGUUUAGCAUGGGGUAAACUGGAAGAUCAGCUGCCUAACUUCCUCAAUGACAUCAUCGACUGCCCCUGCACUCUGGCUCAAGCCAGAGCCGACACAGGGAGGUUUCAUACUGAUCAAUACUGUGAUAUAGAGACAGGGAGUGAGUGCACCUACCAUCCUGGCAGCGUUCAUUGUGUGAGGGCCGUACACGCCAGCCCCACAUACGCAUCAGGACAGCAGUGCUGCUAUGACAGCACUGGCGCUCAGGUCCUCACAUCAGACUCGAAUGGGGGCAGCAGUCCAGACCGAGCACACGAAUGGGGAUCUCCUCCAUUCAUGAAGCCACCUCGCGUUCCUGGUGACUCCCACUGGGUGUACGAUGUGCUCAGCUUCUACUACUGCUGCCUCUGGUCCGACAACUGCUCCAACUACUUCAAACUCCGGCCGUCCAGUGACUGCAGGCACUACAGGGCGCCCAGGUCAGCUGUGGUGUUUGGAGAUCCCCACUUCAUAACAUUCAACGGUGUCAGCUACUCCUUCAACGGCAAAGGGGAGUACACUUUGGUGUCCUCAGAGAAGAAACAUCUGACAAUCCAAGGCAGAACUGAGCCAGUGAAUGGAACCUUUAUAAAAGCAACAAAGUUGACAUCUGUGGCCAUGCGAGAAGCAGACUCUGAUGUGAUUGAGGUGCGGCUGGUCACGGGUCACAAAGGCCUGGAAGUGUUGCAGAAUCAGAAAACCCUCCCGUUUACUGAGCAGAGCUGGAUGGACCUGCAUGGUGUGUUUGUCUUUUCCCCCGCCUCGACAAAUGUGACUGUGAUGUUUUCCUCUGGAGCUGGGGUGGAAGUGCGACUGAGAGAGGGAACCAUGACCACCACCGUGCUCCUGCCCGAGGAGUUCAGAAACUCCACUGUAGGAUUGUUGGGACGGAUGAACAACGACCCUAAGGAUGACCUCGCACUCAGCAACGGGCAGCUUGUGCGGAACCACAGCAAUCCUGAGGAGCUGUUCAGCUUCGGAGCAAGCUGGGCUGUCUUCAACAGGUCUGCUUUGUUCACUUAUGACUCUGAAUAUCUUUUGGAACAAUACCGCUCUGGUCCUAGACAUGACCUGAGUUUUCUUCCAGUGUUUUCUGUCCCUGAGAAUCCAGAUGAUCCUUUAGCCAAUCAGGCAUCAGAGAUCUGCUCUGGAGAGGGCUCACAGUUCUGCAGGUACGAUAUCCUGGUUGGCCGUAGUGCAAGCAUGGGAAAUGCUACCAGAGUAUCUUUCCAAAGUUACAUUUCUCUAGUUCAGGAUCUAAAGCAAGUUGUUUCCUGUGGAUGGCUGAGGUCACCAGAUAAUGGUAAGAAGGAGGGGACUACAUACUUACAAGGAGCGAAGGUGCAGUUUUCCUGCGAUGACGGCUACACUCUCAAAGGAUCCGCAGAGCGCGUGUGCCUGGGGAGCGGCUUAUGGUCUGGAGCAGAGACAAGCUGCGUGAUUCCCAGUAACAUUGCAGGAAUUGUAGCCGGUUCAGUCGCUGGAGCUUGUUGGGCUCACAGGCUUAAGACAGGCAAACAAUGA